CCGUUUGGAUAAAACACAGCCGAGGAGGCCCCGGCGGAAAAAGCUCUCCACGGAGCAAACGAUCCCUCGGCUCCGUCUUCAAGGUGAACCAUCGCGGACUUUUUUUUUUGGAGUGUGGGGAGGAUUAAAAAUAAAAAAAAACAGCCUGAACCGGAAUUACUAUCUGUUUUUCUUCUUGUUCUUCUUCUUAAUAACUGAUUGCAGGAGGAUUUCUUGUUCAUUCCCAACAUCUGCGCGGUGCCUUGGUCCCAGAGCGCAAAUAGAGAUCAUUGAUGGCACCGAGGCGUCCGUGAUCCAUCCGAGGGAACGAGAGAACUGAUUAAAAAGACCCCCCCCCCUCUCACCCUCCUCCCCCCUGGUCCGAUUUGUGAACAGUUGCGGAGGUUUCGGUUCCACCGGGAGGAGGGAUGCAGGCCGACCGGGGAAGGGGGAGCGCGCUGGGGGGAUGUCACCUCUGGAGGACGGUGCUGCUUAUGUUCCUGUGCAAAGUGUCUGAAAGCCAAUCGGGCGCAGCAGGCGUCGGAGCAGGGGGAGGCGCGGACUCCUCCCAGUCCCGCUUCUCCUCCUCGGUCCCCACCUACCUGCCCGUGCAAUGCCAGCUCAGUGGUGCCGAGUCCGCCUUCUUUCUGCGAGAAUCCAAUCAGGACGUCAUGCGAAAUGGCAGCCUGUCGUCGCGGACCGAGCCCUUCUUCCUCCACCAGCUGGAAGCGGCAGCGGCCGCCUCGCAGUCCCUGCCGGGCGUCAACUGCAGCUACGGGAACCUGAGCGUCGAGCAGCCAAUCCCGGUGGAGCUGCUUCAGGGUCCCUCCCCACGUCUGCUGCCGACCACCAACCAGGUGACUCUGAACUGGAGGGUCAAAGGUCAAGUGGUGGUGCCCAAAGUUGGUUCGACACGGCCGUGGAUACAGGUGCUGUUUUAUCUGGUGGGGCGGCGCUGGGACGAGCCGGACCCGCCUCCUCAAGCCGUCCUCCCGUGUGUCCGAGCCGUGGCCGUCCGGGACGUCAGCGAAGCGGCACCCUCGGCGGGCUGCCGGCUCGUGGGGCCGUCCGGCAUCUGCGCUGUGCGCCUGGAGAUCCCCCCGGCUUGGUUUACGCCGACCCAAGUGAGGAAAAGGCCCCCCGAAGUGACUCUGCCAUCACUGGAUGUGUAUUACUCCGUCAUACCGGUGGAGGAGGCUGGUCAGGAGUGUCCCUCCGCCGUCAAUGAGCCUUGGAGAGGACAGAGUGCAAACGCGGGGCCCCUCGGAGGCCCCGGGACGGGACUCGGGGGACAGUGGAGCCCCUUGGUGGCUGGGGGUCUUCAUGACAUGCUGAAAGCUGGUUCCGUGGCAAUGACCGCGGGCCCGGUACCUGCCAAGGGAGAGAAGUUGAGACUUGAUGAGAACGUGGAGGUUCUGGUGCCUCCAAGCCCGGUUCGGCUCGGCAAGACGGUGGCGUUUGGCGUCUACAUGAAGACGCUUUCCAACACGGAACAGUUCACAUUGAGGGUGUGGUUCCAGGCGGGCAUCAACUUCCUGGCUGUGAAACCCAGCAACCUGGUGGCGUGGGAGAUCAAACAGGAAAUGGCGCCGGGAUCGCUGGCGGUGAUUUGCCAGCGAAGGGCGUCCUCCACGUCCGAGAGGUUGGAGAGUCCAUCGUACGAGGUGAUGCAGCUGGAAUUUGAGGUGGACAACGUGAUCAACCUGGUGCCGACCCAGACGCUCCACUGGAACAUCGAGUACCCGGCGGGCGCGCAGGCCUCUUCCAGGCAAACCGAGAAGGUCUCGCACCUCUACAUCAGCAACGCUGACAUACAGGGGAUCGUUCCCCUGGCUGAGGACACAGAGGUGUUGAACACAGCCAUUCUCACCGGCCGUCGCGUCGCGGUGCCCAUCAAACUGGUUACCGUGGAAACCGACGGGCAGGUGAGGGAGGUGGACGACUCGGUCACCUGCACCUCGACGGACGUGAACGUGGUCAAGGUGUCCCCCAACUGCGACCAGGUCCUGGUGAACGGCAAAGAAAUGCGCGGUCGGCAGUCUCUGGCGGUCAACUUCACCUACCUGCACCUCUCUGCUCAGCUGCAGCUCACCGUCUGGGUGCCCAAGCUUCCCCUGCAGAUAGAAGUGUCGGACACGGAGCUGAGCCAGGUUAAAGGCUGGCGGGUGCCAAUCGUCACCAACAAGAGACCUACCAGGGACAGUGAAGAUGACGAGGAUGAUGAGAGGAAGGGCAAAGGCUGUGCCCUACAGUACCAGUAUGCCUUGGUGAGGGUCCUCACCCAUUUUGUGGCAGAGCCCUCUGACCCCGGAGGAGAGAUGGUCUUCAUGUUGGGUGCGGACUGGCAAGCUGACAUCACUCACCUGGUCUUGGACCAGCUAAAAGUAGAAGAUCCUCGCAUUGCCAGAUUGAUAGACGGACGGGUCCUGAUGGGGCGGGACCUGGGCAUUACUACAGUACAGGUUCUGUCCCCGCUGUCCGACUCCAUCCUGGCAGAAAAGACUGUGACCGUGUUGGAUGACAAGGUCACCAUCACCGACAUGGGAGUCCAGCUGGUGGCAUCGCUUGCCCUCAGUAUGACGGGAAGUCCUGGAAAUAACCAAGCUAUACAGCUAACGACCACAGCCACAGACCUGCUACACACCCCCAAACAGGAGGCGGCAGUCAGCGCGUGGAUCCAGUACAGCGACGGGUCGGUGACGCCGCUCGACGUCUACGAUUCCAAGGACUUCCUCCUCUCGGUCGUGUCGUUGGACGAGAGCGUCGUCUCCAUCGCGAAUCAGGAGCAGCACUGGCCGCUUGUAGUAGCAGAAGGCGACGGACGGGGAGCGCUGGUCCGCGUCGAGAUGAUCAUCUCGGAGACCUGCCAGAAAUCCAAAAGGAAGAGCGUGCUGGCAUCCGGAGUAGGCAACGUGAUAGUGAAGCUCGCAGAAAAGGGUGAAGACAGGGCUGCGAUGGGGCGGGGGGGACGGGACGGUGGAGGAGGGGCGGACAACGGCACCAGCGUGCGCCAAGCAAAGGACGCAGGGUGGAAGUCUAACGGUGCAGCAGCUGAUCGAGAGGAAGGAGCCAUGAGGAAGGUUACCACGACGACCAAGAGCACCGUGACCCACCGUGCUUCAGGCGGUAAGGCCGACAGCGGAGGCAGCAGCAGCAGCAGCCGCGGCGGAGGCCCCAGCCAGGGGGGGGCCAGUAGCUACCCAGCGCAGGUAGAGGUACCGGGCACCGGGGAGAGUGAGCUUAGCCAGACCACCAGAGGACUGACGGACCUGGAGAUCGGAAUGUACGCCCUUUUGGGGGUGUUCUGUCUGGCAAUACUGGUCUUCCUCAUCAACUGCGUCAGCUUCGCCUUCAGAUACCGGCACAAGCAGGUCCCUGUGCUGGAGGCAGGAGACAACAUGAACCACGCCCAUGACUGGGUGUGGCUCGGGAACGAGGCCGACCUUCUCGCCGACCACUCUGACCACUGCCAGGGCGGGCUGCCGGACGAGUGCACCACCAUCAUUGACCGGAACGAAGGAGGGUACGAGGAGAGCAAGUACCUGCUGAACGGGGCCGGUAGCGCCCUGGCGAUGGGCGUCGGCGCGGGAACCCUCCGCGGGCACCGGGGCGUCGCACACGGACAAACCUUGCCCAGAUCGGCGUCCGAACCGCACCAGCGCCUGCCGGCGAUCCCCACCGGGGGCAAAAACGCCACCGGCCAAGCCGAGCACCUCAACAACUCCCCCAGGGUCACGGCCGCCGUCGCGGCCGCCAAGCGCAAGCGCGUCCAGUUCACGUCUUUCGCCACCGUCCUGCCCGGCGACAACGGGCAGGGUGGGGGCGGGCCGUACGCCAAGCCUUCAGUGCUGGCGAGCAAUGGGAGCGAGGAUGACAUCAAGUGGGUGUGCCAGGACGUGGACCUGGGUCAGUCUGAGAUCAGAACGUACAUGGAGAGGCUACAAGACAAUCUGUGACGUGGGGGGAAGAGACUGAGACGUGGGGGGGGCAGAGGACGGGUACAGGGGGGGAGGAUGGACAAUGAGUACAAUUCACCUGUAAUGCCUUUGCAAUGGAUGAAGGGAGGGGGGCAGGGAGGAAUAUGAGAGGAGCAUUCUGGCAUCGCACCUAAAGCAAUGGUAGCAAACACUAAUAACCAUGAGUUUGUUUCUUAUUAAUAAUCGUGAAAACAUUAAUAGUCACUAUUGGUUGUGAAUGUUUAUUUUCAGAAUACCAGUACACCAUUGGGCAGGUAAUGCUAUCGGACAAAGGUACCAAACCACUUCACAUUCAAACGGGAUUACGAGAACAUUGUUUUUGAAGUGUUUUUUUUUACCAUACGGUAUUUUGUCCUUAUUGGCUGUGGCUGGUUUUAACAUGAGCCGGUCUGCUGACUGAUUAAAUAGUGAUUAUGAUCAUUAGUUUAGCACAGAUAAACAGAUCCUUCUGUUCUUCUUCUAUCACGACCCAUUUGCUUUUGGCUCGUACUGUAUGUGAAAUGUAAUAUAUAUAUAUACAUAUAUUCUAAGUACAUAACACAACAUACGGGAGCCCGUGGGCGUGAAUCUGGGCAACGUCGCGCUCUCCUCAAACAUCAGAAUGUGACAAAGAGUUGGAAGACGAUAUGACGAACAAUUUCUCCCUUGGAUCCAAAACAGAGGCAUUUGAAAUUUGCACAAUUCCAAACAGAAAAGGACAUCAGCCAUAUUUCAGGCGCACUUCCUGUUUUGUGAAACCUUGAAGCCAAUGGCGGCUUUCAACCAAUCGCAUCUCCCCCUGGCCCCUCUCCUCGUCUUUGAUUGGACGGCAGUGAACUGAAGAGGGGACGGACUGAGGUGUCUCGCGUAAAAAGAGCCUGAACGAACAUGAACGAAUGGGGAUUAUUUAAAACGAAAACGGACCUGCAGUUUGACGGGAUGAAUGGAAUGAAAUACAGUACAAAUGAAAGUGAAGAGCAACUCGUGUCUCACAAGUAGACAAUGGGUUUCAUUUUUGUUCAGGCGAACGCAAUUACGUGUAUGGUUUCUCUUUUGUUUGUCCGUUUUGAUUAAUAGAAUGUUUUUAUUAGGUUUCUCCUUAAGUUUAUUAAGAAUAUGUGAUUAUUAUUUUCUUCCUACGAUCUAUUUAUUUGAACGAACAUUGGAGAGGGCGUAGACCUGCUGGUGAAUGGAAGCACACAAGAGAAAUGAAGGAGACCCAACAGGCAGCGGUCGCCUCACCUUCGUUAAGCUCAGGUGACGAGUCAUGAAGAACUGAUAAUAGAAAAAAAAAAAAAAAAAGGAGAACUGUCAGAUUAAGAUUGCAAUAUUUAUUUAUAAAUGUGUUACUGUUUCAGAGUACACUGUAUGUUGUAGAUAAAUAAACUAAAUGAUUCAAAGUGCUUGUGAAUAAGAUUGAAGGUCAGCAAACAAACACAUGAUGAUAUUUUGUACAUUUUACAGUGAAAAUAUGGUACACGAUGCUACAAUCUACCGCCACAAUGUGAAAGUGAUCUUACUGGUUAUUUUUCUAAAGAUGUUCCUGUCUUUGUUUAAAGUAUUGAAUUAGUGAUUGUCUUUGUACAGGGUAUAAUCAGUUUACCUCUAUAACGAGAUGAACAAAUGCAGGAGGACCCAUCGGGAACCGUAAUACAAACCGCUUGAAUGGUGCGAUUCCAAAAACAUUGAUUUUAAGAAAGAAAACCAAACCAGAGAUCAGGAUGUUGCGCCUGUGGAUUAAUGCCGACACAAGAGUCUCUGUUUCCAAUGAUUUGCUUGACGGCGUAACGUGGAGGAUCUGGUCACUAUUUCACCUCCACGACGGGUCCAUUACAUCUAAAUAAACACAUUUUGUACAGCUAAAUAAAAACCUCUGCUAUCUAACGAUUUGCACAUGCGUCACUGAAGUCCGUGUGCUCCUUCAUUGUUUGUUCGUUGACUUCAACAUAAACAGGCAGAAACGAAACCACGCCGGUCAGCCCCACCCAAAGAAGAGCGGGCCGCCACUCGGCGUCUCCAGGGGACGGAGGGACGUUCCUGACUGAGUGCGACCGCUAAUUAGGGGGUAGGACUCAUUUACUUCACUUUUUUCUUUUAUGUUUCAAAGUGAAGUUCUUGCCGGAUUAUCCACGUUGCACCUUUCGCACCCAAAAAUAAUAACAAAUGCAAAUCAACUCACGUAAAUCAGAAUGAGGCCAGAACGAAUCCAGACAGCGAGAAGACACCUGAACCGAGCUCCAACGCGAGCGGGCUGCAAUAGAUCCUGAUGACCAGGAGGAUCACUGAAAGGGAAGCAGUGCUUUCCGUGAAUAAACACUUUGACUCUUGAACUAUGAGUUUGAUCGUCUGAAAAAAAGGCUAUUUUUUAUUUGUGGAAAGACUGCAAUUUAUUGUAUGCUUUAUAAAUGAAUGCUGAAGUUUAGCAGAGUUGCUCAGAAGCUUUGUUCCAAUGUUUGGCUUCUCUGCAGCUGUUACACGGAUCGGUAAUAGCUGGUUAAUGACAGACUCUGAUUUUGUGUUUAUUCUCUGUACUUCGGUUUUACCGAUAACAUUCAAUAAACAUAAGCAGUUGAGCAAGUGUUAGAACAAGAUUUGGGUUUUUUUUUCACAUUCCUUUAGGUUUUUGAUGGGGUUUUUUUUCCUAUUUAUCCAAAUUCUAAAAGCAUUUCAAUGUAUUUCUCUGAGACAAAACAGUUAUGUUAUGAUAUGAACAUAAAUCUGCCGAUAAAG